UAUUGAUUUUAAGCUUAUUAGGUUAAUGUUAAGUAAACUAGUAUUAAAUAACAGUACAAAAUAUUCUAAAUAGCUAAUUCUACUUAUAUCUUUGCUAUUGCUAUUGCUAAGAGCAAGCUAUUGAAAUGUGUAAUUUCAUUAAGCUUUGUUUGUUAGUUUUCACAGCUGUGUAUGGAGUAUCUUGCUCUAGAGUGUUAGAGCUGAGUGAUAGAUUCAUAGAUAUCAGCAAUGAAGGCAUAUGGUUUGUCAAGUUCUAUGCACCAUGGUGUGCACACUGCCGUCGCAUUGAGCCUAUCUGGGCCCACGUCGCGCAGUCACUCUACAACAGCCAGAUUAAAGUUGCUAAGGUUGACUGCACAAGGUUCCCUGCAGUUGCAACACAUUUCAAAGUUCGAGCCUAUCCUACCAUAUUGUUCAUUAAAGGCUCCCAACACCAUGAGUACAAUGGCGAGCGGAUGAAAGAGGACAUGGUGAACUAUGCGGUGCGCAUGUCCCAGCCUGCGGUACAGAGGUUGACACAAGCUGACAGCUUGGGAUAUCUUAAGGAGGCUCAUCCAGUGUUCUUCGGGUUUGUUGGGAAACAGCAGGGACCAUUAUGGGAAAUGUUUAUUAGGCACGCCGAUAAGUACCAACCCCAUAGUUGGUUUUAUGCCAUGUCCCAUGAGACGGUCAAGAAUGAUAUCAACCCACCGAAUGACUCUGCAGUGUUCUGUUACAAAGAAGAUGAAGCAUAUUUCUUUGAUGGUCAUCAUGUGAUAGAGGACACAGAAGCCUUAAACACUACCCUAGACAAAUGGAUCAACUCAGAAAGAUUUGGUUUCUUUCCUAAAAUCACUAGAUCCAACAUUCAUCACCUCAUGGACACGGAGAAAUACAUAGUGAUUGCCGUGGUUUCUGAGAAUAAGCUGAGUGAGAUAAGUCAAACUGAAAGGGACUUUAAAGACAUGGUUGAAGAUAUUAUUAAGAAAAAGAAGAAGACACUCCAUGCUCGUUUCCAAUUCGGCUGGAUGGGGUCCCUCGAGCUAGCCAACUCCAUCGCCAUGUCUGAGCUGACCGCGCCGCACCUGCUGGUGCUCAACUCCACCACCAGCCACCACCACAUGCCCGACGACGACCCCGUGCUCAUGACGCCGGAGGCCGUGCUCGUGUUCCUCGACCAGAUACACAACCAGCUGGCGCCGACUUACGGGGGCAACGGGUGGUGGGUGCGCGUGUACCGCGCGCUGUUCGAGGCGCGCAGCACGCUGUCCAGCAUGUGGCGCGGCAACCCCGUGCUGACGACGCUCGUGUUCGGCCUGCCGCUCGGCUUCCUGUCCCUCAUCUGCUACUCGGUGUGCUGCGCCGACAUAUUAGACGCCGACGAGGAGGAGCUCACAGAAACUCAUGAAAAAAAGGAUUAAGUAUUUGCUGCUUUUAAUAUCCGAAUCUAGGACCUAUUUAUUUAUUUGCCGGAGAUUGUUGUUUUGUUAUAACCAGCCAUUUCCUGGCG